AUGAAGAAUUUUUCAUUUCCUAUGCAGGAUAACACACAUCAGACCGAGAGUCCUUCUCCUCACAGAUUCCUGAGUUUGACAAAUCAGUCAGAUCCUGUUGGAAGACCAGAAAGAAAUGAGCAAUUAGCUCAAGUAGAGAUUGCUGUACUGGGGGUCAUAUUUCUGGCAGCAUCUGUGGGCAAUUUUAUUCUCAUACUGGUGCUGUGGCAAAGAAGAAAGAAGCUCUCUAGGAUGUACGUGUUCAUGCUUCACCUCAGCAUCGCUGACUUAGUGGUAGCCUUUUUUCAAGUGCUGCCUCAACUUAUAUGGGAUAUUACAGACAUUUUCAUAGGGCCAGAUUUUUUGUGCAGAAUUAUCAAGUAUCUACAAUUGCUGGGCAUGUUUGCCUCUACUUAUAUGAUAGUGGUCAUGACAGUGGACAGAUAUCAAGCAGUUUGCUACCCUAUGGUCACUUUCCAAAAGAAGAGAGCUCUCUGGAACAUCCCCAUUUGCACCAGCUGGUUUAUAUCACUGAUUCUUAGCCUACCACAGGUAUUUAUCUUUUCUAAGACUGAAAUAUCUCCAGGUGUUUUUGAAUGUUGGGGUGAAUUUAUUCAGCCAUGGGGCCCCAGGACAUAUGUGACUUGGAUUUUUGUAGUUAUAUUCUUCAUUCCCUCAGCCAUCCUUAUCACAUGCCAGGUUAAGAUUUGCAAAAUAAUCAAAAGAAAUAUUUAUGUGAAAAAACAGAAUGAAUAUGAAGUAACAAAUCAGAAGCAAGUCCUGCCAUCCCGAGCAAGCAGUGUGAACUGUAUUUCAAAGGCUAUGAUCAAGACUGUAAAAAUGACAGUGGUGACAGUUGUUGCAUAUGUUCUCUGUUGGUCACCUUUCUUCAUUGCACAGCUGUGGUCUGUGUGGUUCCCCAGUGUCGUGACCGAAGGUUCGGCAUUCACCAUUAUCAUGCUCCUUGGCAAUUUAAAUAGUUGCACCAACCCAUGGAUUUACAUGUAUUUUUGUGGCCACAUUCCAUAUUGCUCAAAUAAGCAGCUGGAGAACACCUCGACUCAAGAGGAAUCGGUGAUCACAGGGAGCAUUCAUCUUGUAGACAGAGACCCUGAGGAAAACAGUACUUCUGCAUGAAUG